CACCAAUGCCGGUCCCAAGUCCGGAUGCAAAAGGAGGAGGGUUAGCAGGAGAGACUAUACCUGCUGUAAAAGGUCAACGCCGAACCUCGGGCGGCGGUUAAUAUCCUGACAAACCAUGGCUUUUCUCACACCCAUGAAGCGGUAACCAGUGGCCGUGAGGUCUAAAUCACCUCUAAAAGACUGAUCCGGAACGGUCAGGCCAGAGGUCACACCCAACUCUGGCAGGAUUCCUAAAACCCAAUCCCAUGAUCCAAAAAACCAAAAUACCCUCACGUAACCCCUUCCUUCCCUUAUCACGUCCCCAUCAGCACAAGCACAAUACACACCACACCAUACAGUCAGAUACUCCACAAACCACACAUACUUCGGACAAAUAUGAAGACGGAUUCAAAUAGAAAAUUACUACCCCAGGGGGGUACCGGAAACGGACAAUCCUCCGCUGUAGCGGCACCGCCGAUCACUGGAUUACCGGACGGCGGUGCGGCUACAGUCCGCCCUGCGUAUUCUGGGGGGGGCGAGAACCCGCCUUGCGCAUCGCGCACCCAACGACCUGGCAACGAAAAUAGGACCGACGCAUCAACUAAAAACGAACCCACCCAUGACCCAACUACCCUAAUACCGACCGAUACUCAAACACGCCCGACCCCAGCUAGACAGGACUCAGAUUUUAAUAUGACGUCAGUAGCGAUGGCCAUCCCUCCACCCACAGUAAAGUCCGCUUGGGCCACCGUUCAGUCCAGGCACAAGCGGAAAAAGCCUAAAAGGAAAAAGAACAGGACAGACGCACUGACAAAUCCCCCAUCAGGCAUACGCCCAAGCGGGCAGACGUCGGAGAUUGGAAGACUUACGUCAGCGACAGGCGAAACCCAGACGGGGGGCUUGCACGGACAAAGCGGUAACAGGCAUCCUGCACAACAGCAGCUGCCCCCCGCGGAGACUGUCGUCCCACGCCCUGGCACCAGCCGUAGCGCGGUAGUAAACCAGCCAAUCACCGGCGAAAACCUUCCGGCGGAGCCUGCUAAAACAACAUCGGACGCUUUAAGCGAGAACAACCCUGCCCAACGUCGACCACACCCCGUCGCACCCCGGUGCAACAAACACUGGAGAGGGCGGAGCGGUGGUGAGGCCGACGGGAAGGGCGGGAACCCCUACCAGUCAACGAGUCAGCCCAGUCUUAAACGGGGCAGGCUCGAUGACUCAAUCUCACCUAGGGGACAAUCUAAACGGUCCAAAACUACCGGACAUAUAAGAUCGACAUAUGCAGGCGCGACUCAGCAACACCUUAACGUGGCAGUCACCCUUGACCCUAGAACGGACAUGACACAAACAGAGGCGACAGCACUGCAAGAACAAAUACAGGAGGAGGUGUUCGAGGCUUGCCUCAGGGACCCAAUUCCUGGUGUACCUUUGACACAUGCGCCCACAUUCUCAGGAAAAGCAUUCCUUAGUGAAGGCGUCCUGAAAAUGUGGUGCGAAGACGACCAAGCCCUCGAAUGGUUGAAUGCGGUCUUACCAAGACUGAAAUCACCAAGAGAGGGCUUCAGACUUAAUAUAAUAAACCAGCGCGACAUCACAAAAAGGGUGAAAGGGGCGCUCUAUGUACCCAACUACCGUGGAGAGAUUGGUGUGUUACAUAGGAUCCUCCAACGGCAAAACCCAAAAUAUGAUGUCGGCAGCUGGACUCUUCACAACUUUAAGAGAUCAACAGGGAAACCUCCAGGAGUGUUCCUAAUAUUAGGAAUACCCCAGGAGAGGAUAAAGACCAUACUGGACAACGACAGGAGAAUAGCUUACUCGACUGGGACGAUAUAUCUUAAGUUCUACGUAGGCGAAGAACUUAGCGAUGUACCGCCCAGUCAAGCUACCUCCGAAAACCAGGCAAACCCUGAGACAACAGACGUAGACGCAACUGCGACAACAACCGUAACGACAGCUGACAUGAAAACACAAGACUCUGUACAGGACGAACAAAUGACAAAUGAGACACGCCCCGGACCAAGUACUGCACCCUCAACAAGUGGGAUGAAUUGGGAAGGGACGCGUCCUGAACCAGGCAUCCCACCCUCAACAAGUGGGGUGCAAUGGGAAGAGACGCGCCCCGGACCAAGCAUCACACCCACUUUAGAGGGGAUGCUAUGGGAAAGGGCAUCUAACACUGACGUGACUGAUACGGAUGACGACAUGGCGGACUCAGCUCCGCUAUACACAUUACUAGAGAAAUGUGUCCCUCGGGACGCAUAAGACUAAGACUCUCCACCCGCCUUUAGUAAUGUCAACAUAAUACAGGCCAACCUCCAGCACAAGAUCCUCGCAACGGCUACCCUACGCAAACAACUGGAGGAAGGGGCCGAAACCAUAGUACUGAUCCAGGAGCCGUGGGUCAGAGGAAACCGCAUAUGUGGUUUUGGCAACUGCAACGAGACAUAACAACAAUAAGAAUACAAAGUGGCAUAGGACAACAAACCGGUGCUAGGACAAGACCACUAGUCUUGGCAUCGUUAUAUCUACCCAUUGAAGAACAAAUACCACCGAAAGAGAUGAUGGACCUUAUAAAAUACUGUGAGGACGAAAACACUGACCUCAUAAUCGGAGUGGACAGUAACGCACAUCACACCCUAUGGGGAUGCAACGAAAACAACAAAAGAGGUGAGCAACUUAUAACAUAUCUAUUAACAACUAAUCUUGUAGUUUUAAAUAAAGGCUCGAAACCAACGUUUAUCACGAGCCGUUCCCAAACAAUAGUAGACAUAAC